UAGUGAUGAAGAAGGUAACUGUGGCCAUUACAGUCAUAAUGAAUAGACAACAUAUGCUUUCAGAGAGCUCUAUGCAGCAGUUCCCGGCAUCCGAAAGUCAUUGUUGGGCGUCAACGCUAAACAGUUCGGUGAGAAGUUCCAUCAUCUCCAAAAGAAGAUUUCUCGACAUUCGUCUAUGGGCAGCAUGGAGAGCAUUGACUCUGAUGGAAAAGAUGACGAACAAAGUAGGUGUUCCCUUACUCAACGAGUAAUCAACGUCUCUAAUGCACCACCAGUAUCGCUGAAACGAGAAAAGACUGGGGAUUGGGAAAUCAAACAAGGAUCAGGAGGACUGGUGGCGUGUGUCGAUCCAGUGAUGAACAAGGACCGCGAAAAUAUUUGGCUAGCUAAUCUCGGUAUGAACCUGAAAGACAAGCGCAAAAAAUCCAUGUCAUCAGAGGAUUCGGAAUGCUCAGCGAUGGCGCCUUCAACGAACACUCUCGGGCUCCCAUUGAUAAAGCAGGCAAUCGCAGAAGUUCUUUUCCACGUGCUUGCCGAUGACGACAAACCGGAAAAGGAAUCGAACGCUGAGCAACGUAAAGCCAGAGAAGAAAUGUCGUUGCUGGGCGUGUUGAAUAACUACAACCGCGGCAACUACAAACUGAAUCCGGUCAUUGUGCAAGAAGAAGACUAUAAUGUGUACUACGGUGGUAUCAGCAAUGGCCUUCUAUGGCCAGCUCUACACAACUUGCCUGAAUACAUCGUCGCUGACUAUGAUACACCGAAGAUUCUGCGUGACCACUGGUGCGCUUAUGUUCGCGUCAACUAUCAAUUCGCUAUUGAUGCCGUCCGAAAUAGUCGCCCUCAGGACUUUAUUUGGAUUCACGACUAUCAUCUCAUGUUAACCGGAAUGAUUAUGCAGUCGUUGGACCCAAAUCUAGACGUAAAUGCCAUUCCCAUCUAUUAUUACAAGUUUGCGCUCACAUUCCAUCAUUUUGUCGGCUUCUUUCUUCACACACCGUUUCAACCACCCGACACUUUUUUCACGAAGUACGUAACAUGUGGACUACCAGUUUUAAGGGGACUUCUGAGGUUCACGAAGGUUGGCUUCCAAACACAUCGAGAUCGAGCCAAGUAUUUGGAGCUAGUUCAGCAACAUCUUAAGGGUGUAUCUAUCUCGGUUUUCUCUCCUCAAGAGACUAAUUCAGUUACUCACGAAGGAUGGACAUGCUCAUUGGGCGUGUUCCCAGUUAGUAUCAAAAACGACGACUUUCUGAAGUUUGUACAUAUGCCGGAAUCCGUGGUGAAGAAGGAAGCCAUAAGAAAGAAGAUUCUCGGCACUAAUCCUCCAAAAGGCUCACGUUUCUUCUUUUCCGUCGAACGAUUCGAUUACACCAAAGGGAUCAAAGAGAAGCUAGUGGCCUACAAACGAUAUUUCGAAAAAUAUCCUGAUCAUAUAAGAAGGAAAUUGUCUUUUCAGGUCGCUGUCACGAAUCGUCGUUCUGUGGAUACUUAUCGAGUAUAUCAAGACGAAUGCAUCGAUCUUGCAAAGCAAAUCGUGGAAAAGUUCAAGGAUCCCAAUAGAGCCGAGUGGAAGCCCCUUGUUUUCCAGACCGAUGGAUUACCGCGCCCAGAGUUAGUUGCAGCGUACAUGGCUAUGGAUAUUGGAAUCGUAACACCGAAAAAGGAUGGCAUGAAUUUGGUAGCUAAAGAAAUGUUGGUGUGCAACCCACAAGCCGGACUUAUUCUUUCCACUGGUGCCGGUUCGGAGAUUCAAUUCACCACUUCCGGGCUUUACAAAGAGGAUGGCGAGAAGAACUACCACCGAGUUUCAAAUUUGUACGAUGUCGAGGCGUAUGCAGACACGUUCUACGCAGCUGCUACAGAACCUGUAGAAGUACGAGCAGCUCAUGGAAAGCGAUUAAGCGAAUUCAUACUUUCUAAUGAUAUUGAACGAUGGAGCGCCGCCUUCCUGGAUCCCAGUUGGACACAUCAAGUAAUUCGUCCUACACAGGUUGGUUAG